ACUCACCGAGCAAAACACAAUUUUGAUAUUCAUUUAUUAAGCUACAACGAAUUUAAAUAAAUAUUUAUUAAGAAAAUAAACUGACAGCGUGCCCCACCACAAAUAAUUAAAUAAUAAUACAGAACUACGGUUUGGACACUCAAAUUUUUCCGUGUAGCCUAUGCCUAAGCCCCAUGCCCCAUACCCCCACUACUAAUUUUAGAAAUAAUGCGUUUGUAGACCCAGCAGACAGACCGCAGACGGAGAAGUGAGUGGCCUCUCUUACAUCACGUGCGCACCGUUGGUGUCACAGGAACUUGAAAUAAUAUAUCAAUGUUUUUAUAUCGAUAUUAUAUUUUCAAGUAUUACUUAGUGCUUUUAAACAUAAAUUUUUUCGAAUUUAUGUUCAUUUACGAACGUGUUUCAUUAGUGAGGUUGAAGUUGAAAAUUGUUUUUAUUUUAAAUACUGUGCAAUUUAUCAUCACCAUCAUGAAUGGUGAAAGUUUUAUGUAAUAUUUUAUUAUCAAAGUGUUAAUAAUAAUGAAUAAAAGUCGAUAAUAAGAACUGAAAAUUCAAAGUAUUGAUACGAAUGUGGCUCGAUAGAAUUUAAAAAUUGCUUUGAUUUUAGUUUUUAUAAAGUAACUUUUUAACUGUGAUUCAAAUACGUUGAAGAUGAGUCUUAUUACUUAAUAGUAAGAUAUUUAGUUAUUCAUAAGUAGUUGUAAAUUAAAUACAAAUAUGAAACGAGGGCCAUAUAAAUCCCAUUUUGCUUAUGAUGGUGACGGCGUUAUCCCUCGGUCAACUUUUUAUAGGAAAUUGGCUAAAUAUCAACGCAUCCACGUUGCAAAUGAUAAUCAAAUCCCUUACGACAAUGAUGAUAAUAUAUGCGAAGUUAAUCCAUUACUUCAUGAAGAAAUUGUUAAUGAUAACUUGAUACAAAUGGAUGGUGUUGAUGAAAUGAUUGUUCCUCUAACUGAUGAUCAAUACAGUUCAAUUAUAGUAAAUACAGAACCAGCAUCAUGGAUAAAUGAAGAAUAUGAUAAAGAAACUUUAGACAGGGAAAUCUGGUUUGAUGCUGAAGACUUGCCAUCAGCUGUAGAUUAUGAUAUGGAUUACAUUGAUGAGCCUAGUCAGUAUUAUGAUAAAAGAAAUUGCACUGAUCAUGAUUAUGAAAAAACCCUCUGUGGUUGCACGACUAUUACACAAGGAGAAGCAUUAUUGAUGACACUAACACUUGGAGCUGAAGAAUCACUUACCUGGAAAACUAUAACUGCAAUCCUAUCAUUGAUUAAUACGUUAUUCCAAAACAAUGUAGUUCCUGCUUCAAAGUAUAAGAUAUUUCAAACACUGCAGUUGAAUGAAAAUAUAGUAGUAUAUCAUCCGUACUGUGACGAGUGUUUCUUUUAUUUCGGUGCUAAGGAGAAAUUCGAUAAGAAAAAUUUGGUAUGCGAAAUUUGCAAUAAUAAUGGUAUCGAUUCAGAUAUUGGUUAUUUUUUGACGUUUGAUAUCUCUUCACAAUUAAAAUCAACAUUAGAAGACCCUGAAGUUCAACAAGUUGUAAUGAAGCGUUUCCAAUGCAAUCAAAAUAAAGAAUCAGAAAAUGAUUUGCACAGUAUGAGUGAUGGUCAUGUGUAUAAGAAAUUAUCAAUGCAACUUAAUUCUCCUUCGGAUAAAUAUAAUUUCACGUACACCUUUAACACGGAUGGGUGCCAACCAUCGAAGUCGAGCAAACUUUCGAUAUGGCCUAUAUUCGCUUGUAUUAAUGAGUUACCUUCAAAAUUACAGUCAAAACAUAUGAUUAUGACGGGACUAUGGGUUGAUAAAAAAGAACCAGACAUGUUACUUUUUUUAAAACCGUUUGUUGAUGAAGCUAAUAAAUUAUCCGAUGAAGGUGUCAAAUGGAAGUUGGGAGAUCAAACAAUAACCAGCAAGUUUAUUCCACUGUGUGCUGUGACUGACUCCGUUGCUAGAUGUAAAAUCCUCAACAUGAAGCAAUACAAUGGGACCUACGGUUGCACAUUCUGUGAACAUCCAACACAACGUGUCGAUAACAAUCUAAAGUUUCCAAUAUCCACUAAUGUCCCAAAAUCUCGAACUGACGAGUCAAUCAAAGCGAAUAUGGUACUUGCGAGUGCGAACGAAUAUGGUAAUGAUAUUAUGGGUGUUUGGGGACCAUCACCACUGAUGAAUUUAAAUUAUUUUAAUUUAGUUGAUGGAAUGUCACCAGACUACAUGCAUGCCCUUCUACUAGGUGUAGUAAAGCAGCACACUGAAAUAUUGCUAUCGUCAUUUGGUGAAGAGUACUAUGUUGGUAAUCCAAACCAACUUGAAGCAAUAAAUAAAAAACUCCUAGAUUUUAAACAUCCCAGUUGCAUAACGCGAUCACCAAGACAGUUAACCGAAAGAGAUAUGUGGAAAGCAACAGAAUGGCGCUCAUGGCUGCUUUUUUAUUCCGUAAUCUGCCUCACAGGAAUUCUUCCUCAGAAAUAUGUAAAUCAUUUAGCUCUUUUGGUAGAAGCAGUAUGUAUUUUACUUAGCAACAAAAUUACAAAUGAUGACCAAAAAAUAGCUGAAACUCUAAUUAUCAAGUACGUAGUAUAUUAUCAGGAAUACUUCGGUGAAAAAUCAAUGACAUAUAAUGUUCAUUUACUUACUCACAUACCGCACAGUGUUUUUAACUUAGGACCGUUACAAUUCCACAACACUUUCAUUUUCGAAAAUGAAAAUCAUUUCUUAUUACUAUUACAAAAGAGUCCUAAUAAUAUAAGUAUUCAAAUUGCAAGGCGAUAUUUAUUCAAGAAAGCACUAUUGCCGUUGAAGAAUAAAAUAAACUUAAGUGAAGAAUUCUUCAAGUUUUGUGAGAAAAAUUUAACAGGACACUUAAAGAACACUUUUGAAGUGAAUGGUUGUAUCUUGAUUGGGAAAGGAAAAAAAUAUGUUUUGAAUUCCAAAGAGAGAAGAAUUGUGAACAGAUCUGAUGAAUGCAAGUCAUUUAAUAGAUUUAUAUACAAUAGUACUCGGUAUACAUCGAAAACUUAUCGUCUAUGCCAAAAAAUAAAUGAUUCUGUAGUACUAUUAAAAGAUGGUAAAGUAGGCAUAAUUCAAAACAUUUGUUAUUUUAAUUGCAGUGAAAAUGAUAGAAAAUUAUUUAUUUUUUAUAAUGAAGUUGUGAUGUUGAAGAAAUAUUAUAAUUCAUCAAGCGAUGUAAUCGUUCACCAUAUCGAAGAAUGUUCGAUCACCAAUAAUUUAGAUUUUUGUGAAAUAGAAAUGAUUGCAAAUCCGUGUAUUCUUACAUUUACACAAAAUAAGCAUUUUGUAAUUUUCAUUCCGCAGGGAUGCCACGGAGAUUAAUUUAAUGUUUAUAUAUUUAUAUUAAUAUUGUAGUGAUGGAUUCAAUAAAUAUAAAAAAUUAAAGCUGAUAGAGUUCAAGUAAGAUGUGACGAUUGAAACUUAUUUUAACAAUUUUUUUAUUCCAUCAAAUAUUCUAAAUUUUUGUAUACUGUGUUGCAUCUAUAUUUUCGU